AGUAAUGCAAAUGAUCGAAAUAAACAAAACGAAACUACAAAUUAAACUCAAACCAAAUCGUGGGCAACCAACAACAACAACAACAGCAACAGUAACAACAACAACAACUAAAACAACUAAAACAACGAGCACAAAUCAUUUUUGUUGCGACGCCCAAAAAUGCACGAACAUUUUACCAUGUGGAUUAAUUUUGGAUUGCCAUUUUUUAAAUGCUAUUAUCAGCCGGCGGGUCCGCUGAUCUCGCCGCAGGUGAUUGCGCCACCGCCACCGCUUGCAACAUCAGCAGCAGCAGCAGCUGCCGCCCAAGCAGCAGCAGCAGCACAGGCUCAAGCAGCAGCAGCGGCAGCGGCAGCAGCAGCAGCAGCUGCAGCAACAUCGCAACAGCAGCCAAUUAAGAAGCUAAACGAGGACGAAUCCACAUCAAACUCAGAAAGUGUUGAGCUUGAGCAGUCAGCGACUGCUCAGCAACAGCUGCAGCAGCAGCAACAACAACAACAGUUGCAGCAGCAGCAGCAGCAACAGCAGCAACAGCUGCAACAGCAACAACUGCAACAGCAGCAACUGCAACAGCAGCAGCAACAGUUGCAACAACAACAGCAGCAGCAACAGCAGCAUCCAUAUCCGGGUGUUGGCGCCGUGGCGGCUGCUGCAGCGGCCGCUGCUGGUCAUCCGGGUGUGCCGUAUCAGCGUUCCAUGCACGCGGCUCAGAUGCACUAUUCGACGGCGUAUCCGCCCAACUAUUAUACACCGUAUCCGGGCGAGGUCAUGUGCUAUUCCCCGCCCGCCUAUCAGCCCUAUUUCACCAGCAAGGUCUAUCAGAGCGGACCGCCACCGCCACCACCGCCGCAAGCGCAUCCCGCUGCACAUCCACCGCCGCCGCCACCGCCGGGCGCCUAUCGACGCUAUUCAUACUAUCAGCACGCAGGACCGCCGCCGCCACCUCAUCCGCAUCCACAGCCGCCGGACUUAUACGAACAGCAGCAGCAGCAACAGCAGCCGCCACCGGUGUCGACAUUGGCACAGGGGCAACCGCAAGCGGUGCCACCGCCACAGCAGCAGCCGGUGCAAAUUGCAGCUGCCGCCGCAGCAGCAGCAGCCGCCGCCGCAGCAGUCGCAGCUGGUGCACCCGCUGGCACCCAACUGGUGCCCGCCCAUCAGCAUCCGCAGCAUCUGGAUCACUAUCCGGGCCCGCCCGGCUACUACGCCGGCUACAGUCCCGGCGGCGGCAGCGCCGCCGGCCAGUGCUACACACGCGGCCUUCAGGGUCCGUAUAUGGAGUAUCCGCCGCAGUGUCCAUGUCCAAUGCAACAAUCGUGUCCAAAAAACGUCCAUACUGGGCCUCAUAUUGGUAGCAACAGCAGCAGCAGCAGCAACAGCAACAGCAACAGUUCCACGCACAAAACGAGCUGCAGCGACAGCAAUAACAAGAGCUUGUUGCUGAGUGCGACGAGCAACAGUUGCAACAGCAACAGCAACAGCAGCAACAUGCCUGUGCAUGGCAACAGCUUGCCUGCCAGCAAUACAAUAACAACAGCAGCAGCAACAGCAGCAGCAGCAGCAGCAGCAGCAUCAGCAUCAGCAAUAACAACAACAGCAACAACAACACCAUCAACAUCAACAUCAACAACAACAACAUCAGCGCUGACUACCAGUAGAGGCCCAGUUAAAAAUGGGAACAUCAACAACAGCAGAGACACAACAACAAUGACAAGGGUAACAACAACCGCAACGGCAGCAACCAAUACGACACCAACAGUGGCAUCUGUGGCAUCCGUUGCAACGUUGGCGACAACAACCACCAAUAACAUUGGCACCCAGUGCCAAAUGCUGCUCAAAACAGAGCUCAAAACCGACGCCGACUGCCAGGUGAUGAAAAUUCAAUAUGAGGCGCAUGUGAUGCCGCCACCAACGCCGCCAGAAAGCUACUGUGCCAGCGACGAUAAAUUGCUGGAGGAGCAGGACCAAGACCAAGACCAAGACCAAGACCAGGACCAGGAGAAGGAAGCAGAGCAGCUGCAACAGCAGCAAGCAAAGGAUAUCGAGUCUUAUGAUUUGACGGGCGGAACGCCGCCCCCACCACAAGUGAUGCGUAAGGCGCGUAUUGGCAAGAGCAUGGCCAGAGAGAUGGUCUAUGCGGCACAGCAGAAACAGCAACAAUUGCUGCUGCAGCAGCAGCAGCAGCAACAGCAGCAGUUGCAACAACAGCAGCAGCAGCAACAGCAACAACAGCAGCAGCUUCUCGGCAAGCAGUCAGAAGCAGAACCACAAUUGCCUUUUGUACUUAAAGCAGAAAUCAAAGCAGAGACCAAAAUCAAAAUUGAGCACGAUGAACUAACAGCAGCAGCAUUAGCUGCAGCAGCAACAGCUGCAACAGCAGCUGCUUUAACGGCAGCAACAUGCAAUACACAUAUCAGCGAACUGCCGGACUUGAAGCCAACCAUUAAAACAGAACCAGAGCUCGAAUUGGAGCUAAAUCAGCAGCAGCAGCAGCAGCAGCAGGAACAGCAAGUACAACAGGAACAGCAACAGCAGCAAUCGCCCGCCAGCAUCAGCAGCAGUACCAACAGCAACAGCAACAGCAACAACAAGCGCAUCAAUUUGCUUGCAUCUGCCGCACAGGGCAAAAAAUCGAAGCCGCACAGCUAUAAGAAUCUGAUCAAGCAAGCGGAGCCAAAGAAUUAUCUUUGUCCCGGUCGCAAGUUUGUGCGUCGCUACGGACGCGUCCCGGCCAAAUAUAUAAAGCGGCGGCAAAUGCAGCUGACGCAGCGCCAGCAACUGCAGCGACGCGAGCAACUGCAGCAGCGCAAGCAACAGCAGCAACAACAAGCAGCUGCAGCCACAGCAGCAGCAGCAGCAGCAGCAGGAGCAACAGUAACAGCAACAGCAACACCAGUCACAGCAGUAACAGCGAGAACAGCACCAGGUGAUGAGGCAUCAGCAACAGUAGCAGCAACAUUGGCGCUCGCCAACAAUUGCUCGCCGAGCGCGUCGCCAAAGCGUGCUCGUCCACGCAAGCAGGCAAUUGCUGCACUGCAUCUGCUGGAGAGUUUGGACACAACACUCACCGCACGCGGCUAUUUCAGUGAUCCGGAGUUGAACAGCAGCAGCAGCAACAGUCGCAAUGCAGCAACAACAGUUGGUCUGUAUGCGCCGGCAAUUCCCUCACCGUUGCUGGCGCCACAGCCGCAAAUGCAAUUGUCACUGCCACUGCCGCUGCCCCUGGUGGCUAGCGAGAAGCGCUCCAAGUCGGAAACGAAAAAACCAUUGGCAGGCGCAGGAUCAAAUAAUGCAGUUAGCAUCACGUUGGCGUCACUGGCGACGCAGACUACCUCAGGGGGCGUCGAGUCGCCGCCGGCGAAGAAGCCGCGCAAGCAGCCGCUCAAGCUCAAGUGCAAGGUCAAGAGCCGGAAAACAGCGGCGGCAACCGUUGCUGUUGCCGCAACAACAAUUGCAACAGCAACCACUGCUGCUGCUGCCGAGACCAAUAACAAUGAGUAUCAAACAACAGAUUUGCAGGCGCAAAAAUGCAAUGCCACGCCCACAGUGCCAGUUGCUGUUGCAACCGUCGCAGAGACAGCAACAGCAAAAGUAACAACAACAACAACAACAGCAGCAGCAGCAGCAACACAGCCGCAGCAACAUUCCGAUGAGCAACACAAGUUCCUGAUGCCCAACAGACCAAUUGAGACACCGUCGAUACCCCCAACAACAGUAACAACAACGGCGGCCGAAACGACAACAACAACAACACAAACACCAACAACACCGAAACCACCAUCAUCAUCACCGUCACCAGCAGCAACAGCAACAGCAACAACAAGCACGCCAACAGCAACAGCAACAGCAACAGUGCGACAUGCGUCGACCACGAAACGGGCACGUUCCCGCUGCAAAUUCGGUAAUCGAAAGAAGCAGCGUCAUCGACCCGGCGGCGUCAGCUACGAGCUGGACGAUACACAGCCGCCGGCGACGCGUGCCAAUGUGGUGCCCAAGUGGAACAACGGCUGGAUGUGGGCGGGCAAGGCCUUUCAGGGUCCAGUGUUUCUCAAUAGCGAUGAUCCGCUGGUGCUGCGCACAUGUUAUCCGGCCAUGCGACACGUUGAAGGCGACAUCAUACGCACCCGCGACUGUGUCCUGCUCAAGGCAAACGAGGACAAUGAGCUGCCCUACGUGGCCAAGGUGGCCCAUCUAUGGCAGAAUCCCGAGGAUGGUGAGAUGAUGAUGUCACUGCUCUGGUACUACAGGCCCGAGCACACGGACCAGGGCCGCCAGCGCAACGACAGUCCGGACGAGGUGUACGCGUCGCGUCAUCGCGAUCACAACUCGGUGGCCUGCAUAGAGGACAAGUGCUAUGUGCUGACAUUUAGCGAGUAUUGCAGAUAUCGGCGACGACUGCGCGCCGCCGAGGAGGAUGUGGAAGAUGUGAGCAUUGUGCCGCGACGCAGCAAUACGACCAAUUGUUUUACGGUGCGCACCGUGCCGGAGCACACAAAUCCGGAGCUGGUCAUGUUCUGUCGGCGCGUCUACGAGUUUCGUACGCGUCGCCUGCUCAAGCUGCCCCAGAAGAAUGCGCUGGUGUCCAGCUAGCGCCGGGCCACUUAGGGUGAAUCCCCUAACCCAAAAAUCGAAGCAAAUCUAAGGAUACAUUAUUAUGCAUACGUGUGCUUCAUUAGCUUUUAAGAGACAGCAGACAGCAGACGACAGACGACAGACAUGUGCGGGGCAAGGAUCAGCUUAAUCAGCCAGCCCUAACAACAACCGGGCAAACAACCAAUUAUAUACAAACAAACAAACA